CCAUGAGAUGAAGUGAAUAAUACAACAGAGACAGUGAAAGAGAAAGUUUGGUCCUUCAUCGGCGUCGUCGCUUGUCGGAGUUGUUCGCCGGAAAACAUGAAGCUGAAGCAGCUAGAAGGCCUUCUCGGUGGUCUUGACCAGUUUCCUCACCCAAAGGUGGAGCUUGAGCAGUAUCCAACAGGACCCCACAUCGCUUCUCGAAUGCUUUUCACUGCAGAAAAUUCUUUUGGGGAUGUGAGCGACAAAGUAGUGGCUGACUUUGGAUGCGGUUGCGGUACUUUAGGCAUUGCAGCUGCUCUUCUGGGUGCAGAACAUGUAGUCAGCAUUGACAUUGAUCCAGAAUCUCUUGAAAUAGCAACUCUUAAUGCUGAAGAACUUGAGCUGGACAUGGAUUUUAUUCAGUCUAAUCUCUUGGACUUGGGAUGGAGAGGUCCAAUAGUUGAUACAGUUAUAAUGAAUCCUCCAUUUGGAACUCGGAAAAAAGGUGCAGAUUUGGAUUUUGUCUCUGUUGCUUUGAAGGUUGCUUCUCAAGCUGUUUAUUCUUUGCAUAAGACUUCAACAAGAGACCAUGUGAAACGAACAGCCUUAAGGGAUUUCGGUGCUAGCAGCGCUGAAGUUCUUUGUGAGCUUCGGUUUGAUGUACCAAAACUUUACAAAUUUCACAAGAAGAAAGAGGUAGAUAUUGCCGUGGAUCUCUGGCAAUUUGUACCAGCAAGUAAUCAAAGCUGAGAUAUGUAGUGCAGACAUGGAUAGUGUGUAUUGCAGUAGUUAUAAGAUUGCAAAUCAAUGAAAUUUUGUUAUGUACUUCAAAAAAUUGUAUUUCCCGUCUCACCCCCACCCUAAAACUGUUAUAAGCUCUUGUUAAACUUGCAAUGCCACUUUAGUUUCUUGUGAAUACCUAUGAAUUCAAUAGUUGAGCAUGUCCGAAACUCUUGCACA